AUGGCUUCUUAUGCCCUCACCACCUCUUACAUUGGGGAGUCCCUCCUCUCGGGAUUCAACUGGCUCGACGGACCCGAUCCCUCCCAUGGAUAUGUUUCCUACCAGAGUCGUCCAAACGCCAAAGCCCUGGGGCUCUUUUCUGUUGACGACCAAACGGGAGUUGUGAGACUCGGCGUCGACAGCACGAACACCUACCCCCUGACCGCAGGACGGCCGAGCAUCCGACUUGAGAGCAAACAGGCGUUCAAUCAUGGCCUCUUCAUCGCUGACUUUUUGCACAUGCCUCCUUCGCAAUGCGGUGUCUGGCCAGCUUUCUGGUCCUAUGGCCCCAACUGGCCAACAGGGGGCGAGAUCGACAUCAUCGAAGGCGUCAAUGACCAGAACAGGAACAUCCUGUCCGCUCACACCACAGCCGGUUGUGAAAUAAGCAAGAGCCUCCAUGGAAAAUUCCUGGGCGUCCAGCGCGAAACUGACUGCGAUGUCGGAGGCGACAACGUCGGGUGUGGAUAUUAUUCGCCGGCGGGAGACACCUCUGCGUACGGGAAUGGUUUCAACGCUGCGCAGGGGGGGGUGUACGCCAUGGAGUGGGAUGAUGAGUUUAUCAAGAUUUGGCACUUUGCGAGAAGGAAUAUCCCCGAAGAUAUCACAAAAAAGACUCCCGACCCGACGGGGUGGGGGAAGCCGGAUGCCAUGUUCGGUGGCCAGGAUUGUGACGUGAACAAAUUUUUCAACGACAUGAAGCUGGUUAUAAAUAUCAACUUUUGCGGUGAUUGGGCCGGCACCGCUUGGCGGGCCUCGGACGUCUGUACGAAAGUCGCAGAUACCUGCAACGAAUACGUCGCCAACAACCCGCGAGCUUUCUCCAAUACGUACUGGGAUGUUCGGUAUAUUGAAGCCUACCAGAAGAUCCAUGCGCAGACCACCUCGCGUUCGCUCAGCCCAUCGACUACGGAGCCUUUGACGCGGGUGACGAGUACCACGACCAUCACCACUACCGUUACUCUUAGUCGCAAACGCAUAACGACCACUUCCAAAGUCGCAAAUGCGACGUCCACAUUCGAGUCUACACAGUCUAGCUCUGGGAAGGCUACCGCUCGCACAUCUCCCGUAUACAAACUCAAUACGACUUCAUCCUACAACACGACCAUCGAGAGGUCUGCCAAGCUCAAUACGACGUCGUCAUGGGCGUCGUCUCACGGCAGCCGUGUUGCGAAUACAACCACCUCCCUGCUACUUGCAACGGCUCCGUCGACAUCUCAGCGUAGCAUUCCUACAAACACGACCGCUGUUCUCAGACACACCAUCUCCUCACUCAUCUCUGCUCCCAGUGGCACUUUUAGAAAUACAAGCCACGCCUCCAGCCACCGAGCAGCUUCCACGCCCAUCUCUACUCCCAGUGAGGUCCCGGCGGCUGAGAAUCCCAUCCGGCUGGGCGACUUUGCGUACCUAGGCUGCUACGAAUCCAGCGACGACUUGAAACUUUUCCGCAAAGUCAAGGACAGCAAGGACAUGACUAUCGACCUGUGUGUUGAUGUUUGCCGCGACUCCAUGUUCUCGGCAGUAUACGACACACAAUGCUUCUGCGCAGAUUCAAUGGACACAAGCACCCGCGCGGCGAACACCAAGAAUGGUGAUGUCUGUGACCAUCCUUGUCCGGGCAAUGCUUCGCAGUACUGCGGUGGACUAGCAAAGAGCCCCGACGAAAUUGCCAAUGCCACUUCCACCGCUGCGAGCGAGCGAUUCGCCAACAAUGCUUCAUCAACGGGUGUGACGGCGAGCAAGUCGACUGCUACGGGUCAGCAACUCACAAACUCGACGAUUGUGAAAGCCAGAAAGAACUCUGCUUUCGCGAGUAGGCUCCAUGCGCCGCACAAGGGAGGCUUUGUUAAGCGCAUGGAAAGGGCCAUCCUUCUCACAGUUUACGGGGUCGUAAAGGACGGAACGCCGCCGCCCGCGCUGUCGAUGGCAGAAAACAACAUCACGUACACGUCUACUCGCUACUCCACGACUGUGCGGGUCAAGACGGUAAGUGUUAUCCCCAUACAGGAGACUGCCGGCGCGUCCUACGACAAUACGGUUGAGGGCGACGGCCCUAGCGGAGCUCGUGUGGCCGACAAGAAUGUUGUUUCUAUUCAGGGGAUCUCGGCACAAUCUGAGGGCGAGCCUGGCAGGGACAAGUACCUCGCAAAGACUGCUCCUACAGAGGAGCAUGCGACCCCGGCAAAGGAUGGGUUCGCAGCUGACGUGGGCCAGGCUGGUUCUCACGCAGACGGUGAGACCGUUGAUCGUGUUGUCGAAACUGCUGCUCCAUCCAACGUCGAGUUUGUUGUUGGUCAUCGUCUUGGGGGUUCUCCCGUGGCUGGCGAGACUGUUGUCGAGACUGUCGACCAGAUGAGAGUGGUGUUUGAAGAUUGUGGGUGCACCGAAGGCGAGGUUCGUGCUACGGCUUCGCCUCUGCCUCCCCCUCCGUCGUCUCCAGCUGAAGAUAGGACCAACUCUCAUCGGCCUGUGCCGUCGAACACCGAGGUUCCUGUGCCCGCUCAGGGCUCAGAGCACACUCAGCCCGAGCUGCCAUCAGGCCAGGAUACCGCCACUCCUCAUCAUGUGCCAUCGAACAUGGAGGUUCCUGUGCCCGCUCAGUACUCAGAGAGCACUCAGCCUGAGCUGCCAUCAGGCCAGGAUACCACCACUCCUCAUCAAGUGCCAUCGAACAUGGAGGUUCCUGUGCCCGCUCAGUACCCAGAGAGCACUCAGCCUGAGCUGCCAUCAGGCCAGGAUACCUCCACUCCUCAUCAUGUGCCAUCGAACAUGGAGGUUCCUGUGCCCGCUCAGUACUCAGAGAGCACUCAACCCGAGCUGCCAUCAGGCCAGGAUACCACCACUCCUCAUCAUGUGCCAUCGAACAUGGAGGUUCCUGUGCCCGCUCGAGGCUCAGAGCACACUCAACCAGCACCGCCACCAGCCCACAACCCCGAGUUUGAUGUUCCCAAGUCUUCAGGUAAUGACAGUCCUGCACCGAUCGGGGCCCCAGAAGAGAUCCAGCACGCUCCCCCGUCGCCUGCUUCCCCGCCAGGGCUGUCGCCGCUUGCACAAGUUACCAAUCCUUACGGUGCCACGUCUUCUGGUUUCGAGACACUUGCCCCUGGUGGGACCUCGCAGGAAGCCCAAACUGUCAGACCGCCCGUGGUUGUAGCUGGUGCUCGGGAAACGUGGAGUCGAGCACCGGGCAUCAUGUUGGGAUCGAUAAUACUGGUGCUUGGUGUGCUGUUGUGA